UUAAAAAAACAUAAACGGUUCCCGAGAGCGACGCUAUAGCCAAUGGUGUAUGAAACAACAAAUGUAAAAACGAAACAGAAAAGAUAAAACAAAGUCCUAUUUUGUAGCCGAUAAUUUUGCUUAAUAUAAAGAGAGCUCGCUAGCUCUGCUUCCACUUCCGAAGAAGUUGCAUGGCCGUUUUUCAGCCGCUUCACGGCUGAUGCUAUCUUCUGUAUCAGUGACAAUUUUAGUCUAGAAUCCAUUCAACUGAAGUUGGUAAAAAGUUGAGCAAUGGAAUACGGUGGAGGCUCAAAAGUAACAGGGAUUAGGCAAAUUGUGAGACUAAAAGAAAUACUUCAAAAGUGGCAAAGUGUGACAAUAGGCACAAAAACUCCAAACCUUAAACCCGAAGAUGAAACUGACGAUAGCAGAUCGCCGAUAAUCAACAAAAGGAUAGCGCGUAUCGUAAGUUGUGACUCCGAUGAAGAAAGCUGUCAAACUCCAGAACCACCACCUGAUGUGCCAAAAGGUUACUUGGCUGUCUAUGUUGGACCGGAGCUUAGACGGUUCAUAAUCCCAACUACCUACCUUAGCCAUUCUUUGUUCAAAAUGUUGCUGGAAAAGGCUGCUGAGGAAUUUGGAUUUGAUCAGAGCGGCGGGCUCACGAUACCGUGCGAGAUUGAGACUUUUAAAUACCUUCUCAAUUGCAUAGAGAAUCAGGAGGAGAAAGAACAACAUCAUGACAACUUAUCUGACAAAUCAGAAACCUUGGAAGAGUAAUAGUAGUUAUUAUCAUCUCUGUAGGAUGGCUUUCAGGUGUAAAAGUUGUUCUCUCUUCUUCCAUUUUUUGUUUUCUUUUGGUUUCUUAUGUCAAGAAUCAUAGAAUAUCCUAGUUAGUGCCAUGGCAACAAUUUGCUGGUAUAGCUGUUAUUAUUAGACAUCCAUGUAUAAGACCCUAAAAUCACACACAUGCUUUUCUAACUUAAAGCAUUAUUCAUUUGUCACACGCAUGCUUUGAAUUUUGAGUUACUUACUUAUGAAUAUGUGAAAAAUGAUAAUUCUUUAGUGUGUGACUAUAUAUUUAAAGUGUAUGAUUUCCAAA